AUUGCGUGAUUCUUCCUGCAUUCCCUGUUGCAGCAGGUGAGGCGCCAGCAGGCAGCAGCGAAGCGGAAAUGGAGAGCGCCGUCCGCUGCGGCUACUUAUACUUCCGUUUCACCAACAGUGGAAAGACUUUUCCAAAGAAGAACUUCGUUCAGCUCUGCCGCGGCCACGAGAAUGGCUUUUCGCAGCUGCUUGUCUACGAGGACGAGCGGAGUUCCAUGGCAAUGAGCAACUGCCUGUGCAUGAUCCUCGGGCAGGAGGCGGAGGAGGCGAAGGAGUGGCAAGGGCAGGCGGCGUGGGACUACUUCUCCUUCAAGGUUGUUGCCAGUGACUACGAAUACGUGUUUUCUGCCGCCAGUGAGAAGGAGCGGGACGCGUGGCUCGAGGAUGUAAUGAAGGUAUUUUUCUGGUCGCCGGUGGACGCGACGCCGCUUCAGGACUCGGCUACUCGAAGCACCGUUGAAUAUGAAAAUCCUUACAAAUAUAUACGAAAGUUUCUGGUGACGUUAGAUGCCACGACGGCCAAACUGUUGGGCGCGAACGGCUGCGUGAUGCUGUCAGUUGAGAACUUCUACCUGACAGUGACUUAUCCUGACGGAAACAGACUGGGUCGCUUCGAUAUCAGUGAGCUUCGGCGUUACGGAUUCACAAACAGCACUUUCAACCUUUCCACGGGGAGGAAGAGCAUGUUCGGGGAAGGCACGUACACAUUCAUUACGCGGCAGGGACAGCACAUCUACGCCAACUGGAAGGAGGAGAUACGCUUAGCCAAGUUAACUGGGAAACCGAAGCCUUCACCCGGGGAAGUGGAGGCGCUUCCGACGUCCGACCACCCGCUCUUCACCAGGCCAGGACACACCUAUGAGAGGAGCGAAGACUGUAUAGUCAACACGUGGUCUUCAAGUGGCUACACAAACUUGGACUCGAUGAGCUCCUCUGUAAGUUCCUCACUGGUGUGGCUGGUUCUCUUACGUGGGCGUUGGGUUCUCGCUCUCUGUCACUAUCUCCCACUUAGAAAGACUUAGCUUUCCACUUCACCCGAAAUGCCCAUAAAGGUGUCGAAAUUGUUUUCAGCUUAAUGAAAGUGAAGGAUAUGCUCGCAAAAAAGGAUGGCCAGUAUAAAAGAAAAGUUUCUCAC